UCGGGAAAGAUCGGAGAGAAUCGGAACCGCUCGGAACCGUUCGGGGACCAUCGGAACCGCUCGGGGUCCAUCGGAACCGCUCGGGCCGGGCCGGGCCCGUUCGGGUCGGUUCGGCUGCGCUCGGGAAGGAUCGGGAAGGAUCGGGGCGGUUCGGCCGCUCUCGGCCCGGUUCGGCCCAGCCCGCUCGGCUCCGCCCGGAUCUGUUCGGCUCCGCCCGGCUCGGUUCGGCCCCGCUCGGCUCGGUUCGGCUCCUCUUGGCCCGGUUCGGCUCCGCUCGGGUUCGCUCGGCUCGGUUCGGUUCGGCCUCCUUGGGCCCCGCCCGGCCCCGCUCUAGGCCCGGCCCGGCCCCCGUGGUAACGCCCGGGGAGUGGGGGGUGGGGGGGCUGAGCAUCCUCCGGGACUGGGGGAGGGGAACCGGGGAGGGACGAGGCGGGGGAACCGGGCGGACCGUGACAGCGGGGACAUGUCGUGACAGCGGGGACAGGGCCACCCCGCACUGUGACCCGCGUGGGAAGUGACCCCGCGGCACCCGUGGCACCGAGGGACCGACCACCCCACACACUGUGACACUGAGGGACCAUCGGGGACAGAGACACUGCACAGUGUGACACUGAGGGACAGAGACAGUGUGAUACCGGGGACAGAGACACUGCACGGUGUGACACUGAGGGACAGAGACACUGCACGGUGUGACACUGAGGGACCAUCAGGGACAGAGACACUGCACGGUGUGACACUGAGGGACCACAGCCACCCCACGGUGUGACACCAGGAGACCUCAGCCUCUCCAUGCCGUGAAACCGGGGGACAAAGCCACCCCCUCAGUGACACUGAGGGGCCACAGCCACCGGCACCGUGACACUGAGUGACAGAGCCACCCCAGACUGUGGCACCAAGUGGCAGAGCCACCCAGCGCGGUGACACCGGGUGAGCCCCGAGCCCGGCCGGGCUGUGACACUGGGUGACUGAAGCCACCCUGGACUGUGACUCUGGGUGACCCAACCACCGCACUCUGCAGCACCAGGUGACCCCCCCCGGCUGUGACACUGGGUGAGCCCCGGCCCCAGCACGUGCUGUGACACCGUGUGACCGAGCCACCCUGGACCGUGACACUGGGUGACCAGCCAGCCUGGCACAUGCUGUGACCAACCCACCCUGUGCUGUGCCACCGGGUGACCAACUCACCCCACCCGUGGACACAGGGUGACCAACCCACCCUGGACUGUGACUCUGGGUGACCAACCCACCCCACCCGGGGACACGGGGUGACCAAACCCGCCCCGUCCCCCACCCCGGGUGUCCUCCCGGCUGCCCCGUGCCCUUGUGCAGCCAUGGGUGUGCCCGGGGAUGCCCCGUCCCCGCCGUCCCCGCUGUCCCCGCUGUCCCUGCUGCUGGCCCUGGCCCUGCUGUGCCCGGGGGGCUCGGCGGGCGGGUCCUGCCCCGCUCACUGCAUCUGCGCCUCCAACCUGCUGAGCUGCUCACAGGCCAACCUGAGCCUGGUUCCGUCGCCGCUGCCGCGCUUCGCCUCCGUGCUGGACCUGAGCCACAACAACGUGUCGCGGCUGCGCGGGGACUGGAGCCCGGCGCGGCUCCCGCACCUGCACACGCUGCUGCUGAGCCACAACGGGCUGGCCUUCGUGUCCACCGAGGCCUUCGCGGCCGUGCCCCGCCUGCGCCACCUCGACCUGUCCAACAACCGCCUGCGCGCGCUGGACGAGAACCUGUUCAGCGACCUGGGCGAGCUGGAGGUGCUGCUGCUCUACAACAACGAGAUCUCCAGCGUGGACCGCACGGCCUUCGAGAACCUGGGCCAGCUGCGCAAGCUCUACCUGGGCCGCAACCGCAUCGCCCGCUUCCCGCUGGAGCUGCUGCGCGAGGGCUCACGGCUGCCGCGCCUGGCGCUGCUCGACCUGUCGGCCAACCGGCUGCGCGCCGUGCCCGCCGGGGAGCUGCAGGCGCUGCCCGCCUGGCUGCGCGACCGCCUCUACCUGCACGGCAACCCGCUGGGCUGCGACUGCGCCCUGUUCCAGCUGCUCGCCCGCGGCCGCCGCCGCCGCCUCAGCGCCGUGCUGGACUUCCAGGAGGAGCUGACGUGCCACCUGCCCGGCUCCCCGCACACCUCCAUGGCCAUCCUGGAGCUGGCGGGGCGGCAGCCCCUCAACUGCAGCGAGGCACGCGAGGCCGUGCUGGAGGCUCACCUGGGCGACAGCGUCACCCUGGGCUGCGACAGCCGCUGGCAGGACGGCAACCGCCACUGGGUGACGCCGGCGGGGGACAGGGUGAUGCCGGGGGACGGCGGCAGCAACGGCACGGCGGCCCUGCUGGCCAACGGCAGCCUGGAGCUGCGGGCGCUGCGGGCCGAGGACGCGGGCACCUACGCGUGCUGGGUGGCGGGGCCGCUGCUCAACGAGACCCUCUACGUGGAGCUGCUGGUGCACAACUUCACCCUGCACGGCCCCCACGACACCCUGAACACGGCCUACACCACGCUGGUGGGCUGCAUCCUGAGCGUGGUGCUGGUGCUCAUCUACCUGUACCUGACCCCGUGCCGCUGCUGCUGCUGCCGCGCCGCCGAGAAGGCGCCGGCGCCGCGCGACGACAGCAUCAACUCCUCGGUGCUCAGCACCACCCCCAACCACGACGGGGGGCACGGCGAGCCCCGGCCUGCCCCGGGGGGGGGCCCCGGGCAGAACGGCAGGUUCAAGGGAGGGGCGGGGACCCCCCCGCCGGCCGCCCCCCGGGGCCCCAAGGGGCAGAGGAAGGUGUCUGACCCCGACUCGGUGAGUUCGGUGUUCUCCGACACCCCCAUCGUGGUGUGAGCGGCGCCGGGGACGGGCCCCGGGACGUCCCGUGAGCUGUCCCCGGGAAGGAGGGGUGGCCGGACCCCCACUGCCGCGUCCCCGGCUUGGGGGUUACCCUGUUGCCCCCCAGGACUGCGUGUCACCGCUGUCCCCUCUCUGCCGAGGUCACUGUCACUGCGGGACCACGAGGGACGAGCGUGUGAGGGGACGCAGUGGGGAUGGUCCCCGGGCAGGAGGGGUGGCUGGACCCCCAUCACCGUGUCCCCAGCUUGGGGGUCACCCCACUGCCCCCAGGACCUGCCGAGGGCACUGCGAGGGACGAGGCUGUACGAGGACACUGGCAGGACACCAUGGGGACAGUCCCAGGAACACCCCAUGUCCCCACUGCUGCCGUGGCAGUCCCCAGGCAGGAGGGGUGGCCGGACCCCCAGCACCAUGUCCCCAGCUUGGGGGGUCACCCCAUCGCCCCCAGGACUGAGAUCACCCGGGAACCCCCCAAGGUCACCGUGGGACCGUGAGGGACAAGGGUGUGAGGGGCCACGGUGGGGACAGUCCCAGGCACCCUGUGUGUCCUCACUGCUGCUAUGACCUGUCCCUGGCAGAGGGGUGGCCGGACCCCCAUCACUGUGUCCCCAGCUUGGGGGGUCACCCCAUCGCCCCCCAGGACUGAGCAUUGCCCCCAGGACCGCCCCAGGUCACUGUGGGACCACGAGGGACAAGGGUGUGAGGGGACACCAGAAGGACCCCCCAGGGACACCCCCUGUCCCCACCACUACUGUGACAGUCCUCAGAACGGAGGGGUGGCCAGACCCCCCCCCCCUGUGUCCCCAGCUUGGGGGUCACCCCAUCGCCUCCCAGGACCCCCCCGGGUCACUGUGGGGACAAUGUGGGCACCGCAGAGCAGGGGGGGCCCCACUGGUGACAGUGACAGCACCGUGACCCCCCCAGACCCCCCCA